AUGGUAGAGGAAAAAAUCAUGGCGUCUGGGAAGACAAUAAGGAACAUAACAGCACAGCAACCAGGAUUUUCUUCAGAGAUUGAUGUGAGUCACCUCAAUAUUUACGAUCAUCUGACACCUCGUCUACAAACCCUUCUGUAUGAGGCAAAGAGGUUCAAAGAAGCCAACAGCUUCAAAUUCUGCUGGGCGAAAAAUGGUUCCGUAUUUCUCAGGAAAUCAGAGAAUUCACCGAUCCGCAAAUUUGCAAAUAUGGAGGACCUAAACGCAUUUACCCAAGGAUAGAGAUAAGUAACGCAGUGACAAUAUUAUUGUUUGUUUUUAAUAUCUCACCUAUGAUAUGAUUUCAAACGCGCUUUAGAUGCAAAAGCGAACCAGAAGAUACAAAGAACAGGACCGAAAUAGAAAACUCUUUCUUAAAGAACUUCCAUAUUAUAACUUCACUGGCAACUUAACUCUCUACCACGGGCAAUUUAACAACUCUCUGAUCCAAAAUCAGCUACCAACUAAGAGACAACACGAAAACCUAAAUGGUUUGCAUGAUCUUGAUCUUUUCAGACUAAACUCAAAUCUUGAUGACAGUUUAAAUACCAACAAUAACUUAUUCAAUCAACAAAUCUACAGCCGUUAUUAUUCUCCGUAUAAUUUUAAUAAAAACCUAAAUACCCAAAUAAGAGACGUGAUGGAAACGAGCUUUUCGAUUUUUCAUAACAAUAUCAUCAGUUCAAAUCACAAUCUCGAAAAACUCCAAACCAACUACUUAUCAGAAAUGGAUUUUCAGUUUGAUAUUAUUGGACUUACAGAAACGAAAAUAACUAAAACGACUGGUAAUAUUAGCUUUGAAAUUCCAGGUUACACUUUUGAAUACGUAGCCACACCAUUGGCGUCAGGAGGCGUCGCGCUUUUUAUCAAUGAAGACCUUAAUUACACAGUGCUUGAAAGGGUCUCUUGCGAGGCGUUUCAAGCAUUGUGA